ACUCGUCAAAACAUCCUGUUUAAGAUGCACUUGUAUGAACCCUUUAAACGGAAUUCGUUUACAUGUAUUUCUGGAAAAUUGACAAUUGUACUAAAGGAGUCAUAAUUUUUCCUCGAAGAUGAAAGUAACCCUUUAUUGGAAAGGAGUUUCAUAUCCUACACGUUACACUUUAUGCAUGUAAAAGGAUAGGGAAGAGUGUGCAGUUUGUAAACUUAUUUGGCAGUAGAAAAUUGACAUUUCUUCGGAAGGAGUCAUAAUAUUUCUUAGAAAAACGAAAGUAAUCCUACGUAAGUUGGAUAUGAGUCUCAUUUCCUACAAGUGUAUGCGUACAAAAGGAUCGGAAUAUAUUCCCAGUCUGUAAACUUGUUUAGUAAAAGUUUCGCCGAUCAACGCUAUUGUGCUAAGUCAUGUGGAAAGCCAGUCCAAGGUGUGUCAGUGACGGUGCUGUCGGUAAACUUCUACAAUGUACACUUUCCGACAAACCAUGUAAUGAUUACGAUUUCUGUGAAUGGUUGUGGACAGAAACUAAAGACACAAGGAUGAAAGCAUUAAACACCAACUUUGUUCAAGGUGUUAAAGAUGGAAUGCUACAUCCAACAUCUUUUGGGGCUUACAUGGUGCAAGAUGCAGUUUAUUGCCUAAAAGCACACGAAUCUCUUUCAGUGGCUGCGAAACGAGCAGAAAUGAGUCCAUUAAAAAUAUUUUUAGAACAUGAAUCGAGUGAUUACAAAAGCUAUUACGAAGAUUUAUUUGACAAAUGGCAUAUAAGAGAUGGAGAGGCCAUCUACUUGGGAAAAGAAUGUCAAGAAUAUGUUGAUACUGUGGCGGAUGUGGCAUCUAAGGAUGAUGCAUAUUACAUGUUAGUGGCAUUGAUUCCAUGUGCACGUUUGUGGCCAUGGCUUGGACAACAACUGACUGCAGCAAAGGAUGAUUUUGGGGCAUACACUGACUGGGUCAAUUCAAAUUUUAAUCCUUCUUCUGAAGGAUAUAAGAAGUUGGAGGUCCGUGUGAAUGCUGCUUUCUCAAAGCAGGAAAUAGAUGAAAAGAAAGCUCUGAGUAUCUAUUCCAAAUGCAUGAAUGGAGAAGCUGGCUUUUUUGGUUCAGUACCGAUAUGAAGACAUUUAGCUGGGUUUUUACUCAUUAUGUAACGAAAAAGAAUGCAAAGAAAUUUCAAAUCAAAUUAUACAAUAAAGACUUUAGGGUAUAA